AGGGUUGUAAUUGUUUAGCCUUGUUCUCACUCCAUUUGCCAGGUGUGAGUAGAUGUGCACCAUUGACUCUGCGGUUCACACACUCCAUGCCUUACUGCAGUGUAGUUCUGCCUCUUCACUUCACUGUGCGAUCGCCGGGCACAAGCAGACUGAAGGGGGAUCUUUGAUCUCGGGCUCCUCGCCAUGGACGAAUUACACUACAGAAUUUCACACAGCGCUUACAAAACCUGUUUCUCGGGUCAGUGCUGAGAUGUUUGCAAAGUGGAAGAGCAAACACCGGAGUUCAGAGACACCGCCUCGCUCUUUUUUCGGAAAAGGGUUUUCCUCCGACGGUGAAGAAUUAGUCGUAUUUGUAUUGUAUUGUAUCGUACAUAAAAGGCUGUUCGUACACGCAAUGUCGCUUUUCUCUUUUAAAACGAACUGUUAAACCCUACCACUGUGCCUUCGGAAACGCUGGAAAGUAAGCCAGAGGUAGAAAUGGCAGCACCGUCAGCACGUCGUGACUCAGCUACAUCACAUAACCGGUCUCAACUAGAGAUGUGGACUUAGACAACUGUGAGUUUAAGGAUGGACAGUUUGGAGAACACCACUGCCCCCUAGAGGUGGUCCUCCCUCCUGAGAAAGCAGAGGGCUGUGAAAGCUCUAUGCAGUUUGUGAAUGGUGAGGAAGGAGAGAGCAAUAAAGCCAGGAAGCGCAUCAGUCUCAAUGAGCUGGAGUGUGACGUGUCCGUGGAGGAUGAUAACAGGCAGGAGUGGGUCUUCACCCUGUAUGACUUCGACAACAGCGGCAAAGUGACCAAAGAGGACAUGUCGAGUCUGAUGCACACCAUCUACGACGUCGUGGAUGCCUCAGUAAACCAGUCGUGCCACAGCAAGAGCAAAACGCUGCGUGUGAAGCUGACGGUUACGCCGGAGCCCAGCCCUCGGCGGAGAGAACACAACACACACACAGAAAGGGACUGGAGCUGUAGCCGCGUGGAGGCCACACAGCAGGAAGAGGUGCGCGGGGGAGACAAGCGCCACUCGACACACAUGAGGGACUCUCUGGAGAGGAAUCAUUACUGCGUGGAUGAGAACACAGAGAGGAGGAAUCACUACUUGGACCUGGCCGGCAUCGAGAACUACACCUCCAGAUUUGAAACCAUGGUGCCCCCUACAGUGCCUCAAGAUAAUUUAACCCGUCCAUCUCAAUCUCAGAACCGCUCUCGCUCCCACGAGCCGGACUCGCACUGCCAGCAGCGCCGUUCACAGCUCUUCAGCGAUCACUGCGCCUCUCGCGCCCUCCACCCCACCAGACCCCCCAAAGGGGCGUCCAAAGGUGGCGGGCCCACACAGACGAGGGCCAGCAAGUGUUACGGGCAUCACGGCGGGCAGGACGUGUAUCACCUCCCCCAGCAGAGCCAGCCUCAGCCGCACACACACUCCCAGCACCCGCUGCAACACAGCCACAGCAAGAGGCUGAGGUCCAGAACGCAGAGUAAACAUACACCACAAUCACCUGAUCGGGAACACACACACGCCGCAGGUUUUGUGGUACCCAUGGUGCAACGGCACGAGCAUCACCACCACCACGAGCAUCACCAUCAUCAUCACUAUCAUCACUACCAUCAGACAUGAUCGUACACACACACAUGAAGUGUGUUUUGAUCAUGUCUAAACCACAGACAGAUCACUAAAAACUGAGUGGAAAUAUGGACACGUUGCUCUGUGCUCACGUUUGCGCACAUUCCCGACACUCCAAGUGUGUUCUGCCGUAUUACAUACAUACUCCAGGUAUUCUUCUUUUAUCCAAUCUCAGGUGAAAGCUGCUGCUGUUUAAGCUUUUCAGAGAAACAGCUACUUUUCUCUCAGUUACCUGCUGUGGACUGAGGGAUCUCCUUCUUACCAGGGUACACAUCACCACUGCCAGUUAAUGCAAAAUUAUAUCCCUGUACGUAUGAAAAUGUAUGACUAUAAACAUUUAUUGUUUGAUUAUACAGAUAUCAUAUGCAUAUUUAUCAUGAGCAGUAUGUAUGCAUAUAUAUUUUAUCCUGUUUUUUAUACAUAUUUUAAUAAAAU